AUGCUCGAUGACUGCAUCGGCACAUGUCUCACGGCACUAGCGAUGUGCGUAUGCGAUGCGUGCUCUGGCGUCUGUCUGGACUUCUGGACGACUCGCCACACUUGCACCAACCGCGUGUGCAAGUGCGGGACUAUCUCUGAGGACGAGGCCGAGGUCGCCGAGCCCGGCGAACGAGAGCCCCUCAUCCAGGACGACCAACCCGAGUCGCAACUUCCCAUGAAGAGAUGA